UAUAAAGUUGCCCAGAUGGAGGUGCGACGUGGAAGAGCAGCAAGCCGCUCGUGUCUUAACUGGUCCCAGAACUGAACGCCUAGAGUCUGGACGGAACCCGAGAUCCCACCUCCAGCUCACUACAAUGUAGCACAUCGACAGCUCCGGGUCACUUCACGUGUUAAACAGCGGUCGUCAGCAUGGACGGAGGACUGAUUAUUACUCUUAUUUCGGUCGCGAUGUUUAUAGGUUGUUUUUUACUUGGAUUCAUCCCGCUGUUGUUCCGACUUUCUGAGAGAAGCCUCCAGUACGUCUCCAUCCUGGGGGCAGGUCUCCUGUGUGGGACAGCGCUGUCCAUCACCAUCCCAGAGGGGGUGAGUUUACUGGAGGAGUCGUGGGGAGGAGCCUCCUCCUCCGUUGAGCCGCACGCUCUGAACGCCAGUGACCGAAACGCCACUUCCCCAGAGACGGACCCCCCUCGCUUCUUCAUCGGGGUGACCUUGACCCUGGGCUUCGUCCUGAUGUUCGUGGUGGAUCAGAUCGGAAGCUUCAUUUCCAUGCGUGGACAAACAACCUGUUUAUCCAACAGUGUGGGCAUCACUGCCACUUUGGGGCUGGUUAUUCACGCAGCAGCCGACGGCUUCGCUCUGGGAGCUGCUGUGGCCACGGGUCAGGAGACCGUGCAGGUGGUGGUGUUUUUCGCCGUGAUUCUACACAAGGCGCCUGCGGCCUUCGGCCUGGUCUCCUUCCUGAUGCACGCGGGCCUCGACAGGAAAUACAUCCAGGGACACCUGCUGGCCUUUUCAGCUGCAUCGCCAGUAGUCGCUAUCGCUGCGUACUUCAUAUUACACGCAUCUGGCAGUUCGGCUCCCAAGCAGCUCAGUGCAACAGGUGUGGGAAUGCUCUUCUCCGCCGGGACCUUUCUCUACGUGGCCACAGUGCACGUCCUCCCAGAGAUCAGCAGCAGCAGCAGCAGAAAGGAGAGCCAGGCUUCGUCCGACCUCCAGGAGUACAGUGGAGCCGAGGUUCACCCGCAUCGCUACCUGGGGCUCCUGAAGAGCCUCACGCUGCUCCUCGGGGUCGGGCUCCCCACGGUGCUGGCUCUGGGGCUGCGUGAUGACUGAGACAGGGAGGCAGGUUUUUAUGGUAACACCCCCACGCCGGAAAGGAAAACACUGAGCACCUGCACGGUUUAGCACCGGAUAAUAGCAACCUAGACAAGGGUAGUGAAUGCGACUAAUUUAUUGUUCUUUGUAGAUUAUUUUUCUCUUUUCCAGGAAAUGAAGGAAGUCAAAAAUUGACCAAAAGCCAUGUUGAAAGAUGAGAUUCUACUGGACAGACAGAAAACAAAAGAAGAAUGAGAUCUAGGCCACGCAUUAUAAAGGAGUUUUUAUAGCUGCAAGCAUUUCCUAUUUACUGUUUAACAUUGUGCAGUAGACUAAAUUUUCAAUGCAAGAAGGUGUUAAUGGUGUCAACAUUCCACUAGUAUUAGUACAACGAAAACUAAAUCUGUCAGAAAUCCAGUGGGUGUUUACACAGACAGGUGGCACCGGAUGCUGCACAUAACUGGAG